AAUCGAUGAUCCUCACGUGGCUUUUUAUUGUGAAAAAUAAUUCAAUCGAUAGUUCAUCUCGUUUGUUUUCGUCAUCGACGUUCAUGGUACAUACCAUUAGUUAUGACCACAGUAGAUCGGAUGCUUUUGUCGUAAAAAUUGACGGUAACGGAGAUCAAAGACUGGUAGAAAUUGAGGAACUGGGGGCUAACUAAGGUCUUUCUUAACCGAGGCGGGAGAAGCCCCAAAAAAUUGCAACGCGUCAGCAAAUUAACACUGCUGACCAAGCCGAACGACAACAUUCAACUACUACCAUAAAACUCCACCUUCUAGGUCGAUCGAUCGAUUGAUAUAGGUACGUAGAAGCAAACCCGACAAGCGCGAUGACACGAACAAACUAAAUGUUUGGUCUUAUAUAUUUGCUCCGGGGUGAACUAAUUAUUCUUCUUCUUACCCUAUAUUUCUACAACGACGACUCGGAGAUUCUCCAGCGGUUGAGAGAAUGUUCAACGAGUUACAUAUUAAUGAGUCAUGGUAACAGGCUUCAGUCAUUUAUUCAUAAAUCGUAGAUUGUACGAAAGCGAACGCGCACAUGAUCCCUGAUAAUAAAUGACGUUUUGAAAAUCCCGUAAGGAUCAUUCGUCGUAGAGUAAAGACUUUGAGACAAAUCGUUGCCACAUCGUUCGUCAUAAUUAUUAACUAAUUAAGACGUCGUAUGUAGGAUGUGAUAUCGUUCCGACUAACCGCGCGGUGGUAUGUAGUGUAUGCACAGUGUGACAAGGAAAUUGGGGAGUUUGUCGCGCUCUACUUCCUCCAUCGUGACAGUGAUCGUUAUCCUCUUUUCCCCUUUUCUUUUUCCUUUUUCUCUUUCUUUCUCGUUGCCGGGCUCAAGACGUGUGUUUACGAACACACAUACCCACGUUGUGCAACAACCACGCGAUGUCCUGGGAUUGCAACGUUUCACGCCGAGUGACGAGCGGAAAUGAAGCAAGGGUGACCUGCCAUUGCCAUACCGGAGGUUCGGAACCUCCCCUGAAAGCAGAAGUGAGAGGCGAGGCAAAGGGUUGAGGAUCGAGCAGCCGGAGGACCAGAAGGCUCUCUUCUGUUUAACGCCGAAGUGAUGCAACGAACGGGCUUGUGAAGCAACGGUUGGCCACAAUGGGACCUUGUCGUCGGACGGCGGGGUCGCUGGUCUUCGCCCUUUUUCUACAGUCAGUCCUUCUCCACAAUGUCGAAUCCGAGUCAGCGGUGGGCAGUCCGUCGAACGGCAGUCCAGGGGUUGCGGGUUCUUCCGGAUCGUCAAGUGUCGGGGGCGGUCAUCCAGCGUUGAGCGGUUCGCCUGGUAACGGGAGAUGCGAGGAAAUAACGAUACCGAUGUGUAGAUCCAUCGGUUAUAACUUGACCGCGAUGCCGAACGAGCUCAAUCACGAUACACAGGAGGAAGCUGGUCUCGAAGUCCACCAGUUUUGGCCUUUGGUGGAAAUAAAAUGCUCACCAGAUCUAAAAUUCUUCCUAUGCUCAAUGUACACACCGAUCUGUCUUCCGGAGUACACGAAACCACUUCCGGCAUGCAGGAGUGUAUGCGAAAGGGCCAGGGCCGGUUGCGCCCCUCUUAUGCAACAGUACGGGUUUUCGUGGCCCGAAAGAAUGGCUUGCGAACGUCUACCGUAUCACGGUGAUCCUGAAAAUUUAUGCAUGGAACAAGACAACCACACGAGCAGCGCUGCCAGUAGCGCACCGAUGCCGGCUCCGCCGCGUCCAACUAAACCAUCGAAACCGUCGCAGAUUCCGAGGUGUAAGCCGGGUAAAAACCAAAAAAACUGCCAAAAUCCCCCAGGGGACAGGGCGAGGGAGUGCGCGUGCCGAUGCAGGGCGCCUCUCGUGCCUCUGGGGGCAAACGGGGUAGUCAGCAGCGUGGUCGUCGCGGCGGGUCCGGGACUGGGAGUGGGUCUGGGACUCCCUCAGGACAUUGCAGGGGUACCGGAUUGCGCCCUUCCGUGCCACGGCGCGUUUCUAACACACGAAGAGCGGGGAUUCGCGGCGGUAUGGCUCGCCCUUUGGAGCGGUCUGUGCGCCGCAAGCACACUCAUGACCGUAACCACCUUCCUCAUAGACACCCAGCGCUUCAAGUACCCUGAAAGACCGAUAGUAUUUCUGUCGGCUUGUUACUUCGUCGUAUCCCUGGGAUACCUCGCUCGCAGUGUAUUGGGACAUGAGGAGAUAGCUUGCGACGGACUCGCCCUGAGAUCCGGAGCGAAAGGACCCGGAGCUUGCGUGACCGUUUUCCUGAUGAUCUACUUCUUCGGUAUGGCAUCUUCGGUAUGGUGGGUUAUCCUGGCUUUCACCUGGUUCCUUGCCGCUGGUCUGAAAUGGGGCAACGAAGCGAUAGCUUCGUAUUCUCAAUACUUUCAUCUAGCGGCUUGGUUGGCACCAACAGCUCAAACAGUGUGGGCACUUCUCGCCGGCGGAGUAGCCGGUGACCCUGUAGCCGGGGUUUGUACCGUCGCUCCGGAAGGCGUAAGGACAUUUAUUCUCGCACCGCUGCUGGUAUACCUAUUGUUAGGUACUAGUUUUCUGCUUGCCGGUUUUGUAAGCCUCUUCAGAAUUCGUUCAGUGAUAAAAAGACAGCCCGGUGCUAAGGCUGACAAACUUGAAAAACUGAUGAUUCGUAUCGGCGUUUUCUCCGUACUCUACACCGUCCCAGCUAGCGCUGUAUUAGCGUGUCACCUUUACGAAUCCACGCUACGAGACGAGUGGUUAGGAUCACUGGCGUGUCCCUGCAGACCAAGAUCUCGACCAUUGUACUCCGUACUGAUGUUAAAAUACUUCAUGGCUCUGGCAGUCGGUAUAACAUCUGGCGUUUGGAUAUGGAGUGGUAAGACAUUGGAUUCGUGGAGGAGACUUUGGCGGAGGCUUUUCGGUACGGGACCAGGAAAUACGGGAAUCAAGGGUGGAGUUGGCGUCGGCAGAGCGGGUCCGCAAUAUCCACCUCCCCCGGCCGGAAGCGCUCUUUUACCUCCUGGAAGCGUCGCCAGCGCUUCUCAACACCAUUUACACCAUCACGUUCUCAAGCAACCGCCUCUCUCGCACGUAUGACGUCACCAGUCGGCGGGGGGCGAUAUGAGUACCGCUGGUUGCGAGCACCAGGAAAGACCCUCGGCGCUGAGCAACUACGGCCCCAUUUAGCCCUUCGCCCCAGCCUCGAGAAGGCACGCUUCAUCCUCAUCUCAUGCUCCCUCACAUACCGCUCCACACACACCUCAUACCGCACCACACACACCCCAUUCCGCAGCUACCAUAUACUCGAGGAGGUCCUUGGCUUCCACCAUGGGACCUUUGACCCCCGCGCACGCCCUCGCUCCCUCCUACAACCAAGCGACCGAGGUCUGACCUACGAGAAUAGGGGGUGGUGAGGAGAAUUAAGGAAUUCCUUUUUUUUUUUUUUUUUGGGUUUUCUUUUGGGUCUUAUGUUUCUUGUUUUUUUUUCUUGUUUUUUUUUUUUUACCGAUGAGAAGAGAGAGGGGUUAUGGUUAUGUGGAAAUUCGAACAAGAAUAACAAAAAAAUAUAAAAUGAACAAUAAAGAUAUGAGAGAAAAAGUAAAAUAUAUAGGUGAGAGACUGAACUGAUAUGUAUAUUAUACUGUUGUAUACAAAAUUCAUAAUUCUUCGGAGAAACCAGAGUUUCUGCCAAAAUAGGUACAUAAAUCUCUCUAUAUAUCUAAUAUUUGUUCUUAAUGAAUCUAAAUUUCGAAUUCACACAUAAAAAAAAAAAAAGAAACACCUGUUGUGGAGAAAAAAGCAGGGCCCAUGAUAAAAGAGGAUAAAAAUCAAUGUGAAAACAAAAAUAUUACACAUACCGGUGGUCCCUGAUUUAUAGCUUCUUAUUUUUUAUUAUUAUGCCGAAAUACGUAAAUCUCGUGUCUUGAUUGAUCGAUAAAUAGAGACGCUCAGAGAGAGGUAGAGAGAGAGAGAGAGAGAGAGAGAGAGAGAGAGAGAGAGAGAGAGAGAGAGACGCAAAAGACAAGCGUAUGAAUAUUACUUAUUGUUAGAAUCGUAGAAUUUGUGGCUUGGUCAAAAAAAUAAAGUCACAAAGAAUCUAGGAUUCUUCUUUUUCCUUUUUUCUGUUUCUCUUUGGUUUAACAGUAAAAUAAAAAAAACGAAACAAACAAAAAUUACCAAACAAAUCUGAGAAUGAAAAGAACUCCCAUCUCUCCGUCCUAUGAAUAAUUCUCUUUCUGCAUCUCUCAUUUUUAUUCCGUAUUCAUCAUCUAUAAAGUGCAUAUAAUAUUAUAUCUAUCUCUAUAAUACAUCUAAUAAUAUAUAUGUUAAUAUUCGCGGAUAUUCUGCGAGUCCAUCUGUCCGUCUGUGUGUGCCGUUUUAUCUAUUUAUCUAGCCUAGUAGCUAAUAUAAGUAUAAAGUAUAGUAGGAUUCGUGAACCCCACGCGACCACAACACCCGAUCGGAAAAAUCGUAGACAAUUAAAAAAAAAGCAACAACAAAUAUUUCCUACCCUCGAAUAUGAAUAAUCUAGGGAUACCCAUGUAGUUACGCAUUUAGAUUUUUCUACGAGAAAUCGAUUAACAAUCGUUAUUAUACCUACCUGUAUACCUACCUUAUAUUUAAUCAUAUUUUGCUAAUUAUACGGAAAAGUCAGAUGGAAAUUUCACACUUUUUUUUGGCCGUUGAUUCUUGCUGAGUGCGUGGGAAUUCUUGACCUCCCCUUGUGCAAUAAUUGGCCAGAAUUGACCGCUAAUCAAAAAGUGUCAACUUCCUAGCCAACUUCCUUCUACAUAUGAACAUUCUAGUCGACUAUACGAUUCUUCUCCGCAAAUUUUGAAUUUAUACGUCGAAAGAAGAGAACACUAGGGAAAUAAAUAUAGUAAUAUUAAAGUCAUUAGCUCGCCAAUUGCAUUUUUCAUUUUUAUAUCAUUUUUUCCUCUCAACUAUAAUAGUUUAUCUACGUACACAUAUAGCAUUCGAUCUAGUUUCUCAAACUGGAGAAGAAAAAAAACAACUCAAAUUACCUAUAUUUUAUAUAUAUAUUAUAAUAUCAACCGGAAGUGUGUUGUCGUCGUUAAUGGUCAGCGGCUUAACGAAUAUGACAAAACAAAAUGAAAUAAAAAAAUUAUCAUUAUUACUGUAAUAACAAUGAUGGUGCAUAGAAUGUAGCGUUUUCAAAAAAGAAAAAGAAGGAAAAACGGAAAAAAAAAGUCAACCACUUUCGAUCUAAUAUUGUUAAACUAAAAGCGACACCGUCGGAAGUAGUGAAGUGAAAACCAUCAGAGAAAGAAAGAAGCACAAAAGAUGAACAUAAUGAACACUUGCUAAAACAUUAAAAUGCCAUUGUAAAUAACCACACACCACAAUUAGUAUUUUAGAAAAUCAUUGUAAAUAAAUUAUUAUGGUAUAUUCAUAUACAUAUAUACGAACAAAAAUACACUAGUAACUAUGGUCAUUGUUAUUAUUAUUAUCAUUAAUAUUAUCAUUAUUAUUAAUAUAUCUUAUUAUUCAUAUAGGUACAUAUUGUAAUGUAUAAUUAAUAAAUGUAGAUUUUAGAGUGUACAGGUGAACUAUAAAUAUAAACUGCCGAACGUACCAUAUAAUAUACAUGUCGGCGACUAUAUCGAACGCGUAAUAAUAAUUUAAUGAUAACGAUCGUAAUGAUGAUGAUAAUAGUAAUCAUAACAAUAAUAACAAUAAAUAAUAAUAACGAUAAUGAUAACACUAAGGAUAAUGAGAAUAAGGAUAAUAAUGAUAAUAACGACAACAACAAAUUAAUAAUUAUGAUAAUAAUAUUGAUCCAGUCGUCAUACGUCGGAUAAGUAUCUAAUAGCUGAAAUAGUGACGACAAAAAAAAAAAACAAUUUUAAAAUUAAUAAAACGUUUUUUAUACUCUUCGUGAAUGAAAUCAAAUAAGUAUUGUAAUAAAAAAUUUUAGUAGAACAAGUUCACAAUUUGUAGACGUAAAAUGCCAUAUACAUAUUACACGGAAAAAUGUUAAUUAGAAUAAUGUUAAUCAGAAUAACGACGAUCAUUAAUCAUUACAUUAGCAAUGAAUAUCAUUGCGUUAUGGUAUUCAUUAUAAAAUUAACACUGAAAAUAGUAAUAAUAACGGUAAUGCUGAUAAUAAUGGUGAUAAUCAUUUCGAUUUUUGUCAGACUAAUAAUUCUAUUUGGGAAUACCGAAAACCUUAGAAAAGUCUGUCACCAAAAAAAAAAAAAAACCCAUUUUGUUCGAAAUUAUAGUGCUUCCGUUGCCUCUUUUUUCUUUACAGUCCAUUAUUCAUUAAUUUUUUCCAAUCUUGUAUAAAAAGACAAUAUUUUAAGUUUCAUUCGCGUUUCUGUUAUCGCUUACUUCAAAUAAUUUUUUUCUAUUCAAUUUUUAUCUAUUCAUUUUUUUCUCAAGUUGAAAAAUUUUGCACACGUAUACGGAUUAGAAAUUAUAUGUAUUGUAUGUAUAAUAUUUAUCGAAUAUCGAAAAGGAUAAGAAUAAAAAAUUGAAGAAAUGAGAAGUCGUAUCGUGAAACGAAAGAAGUGAAAAAUUGAAAGCUGAAAAAUUGACUCAAUGGAUUACUUAUAUACACUUACCGUACAAGAUACAGCAAAUUGAAUAAAUUAAUAUGCCGUAGAAAAUAUACAUUAUAUAAUAACGAUUAUAUACUACAAUUUAGUCCACCAUAUGCUAUACCUACCUAUACAUGAAAUAGAGAUUAUAUACUUAUCAUAAAUGAACAUAAGUAUACGUGCAUAAAAAAAUUCUCAUUCGCAUUUACAACACAAUAUCUAAUAAGCGCACGUAUACCUAUAUGCAUAUACAUCGUAAAUAAUUUUUAACAAAUAAAUUAAUCAAACGGUAAAAGUAAAUCGACAUGAAUAUACAAAACAAAAAAAAAAACAGACAGACGUAAGGGAAAAAAUAAUUCUGAUAACAAUAAUAUUAUACUGAUGAUGAAAAUAAUAAUUAUUGUUACAUUAACUAUAUGUUACCAUAUGAGAAAGACGACGAAGAAAAAAGUAAAUUAGAAAAAAAAAACUCUGUAGUCUCUGCACAUAUCACCUCAGGAUAGAAGACAAACGAAUAGGGGAACGAUAAGAACUGAAUAAAAAAUAACAAAAACUCAAGACAAAACACAAAGUAAAAAGAAGUAACUCUGAGAAAAUAUCUUCGAGAACGAAGACGAUGAAUAAACAUAAAUAUAAUAAUAACGAUAAAUUAUUUGUAAGCCACAUUUUUGUCAUAAUAAUUGUCAAUAAAAAUGCGAAAAUAAUAUGUGUAAAGAAAAACAGGUUUUCAUAACAAUUAUUGCUAUCAUUAUUAUCAUUACCACUAUCUUUAUGAUUAUUGUUAUUAUUAUUAUCAUUAUUACUAUUUUAAUUACUCAUAACAAUAUCGCCAUUAUCAUUUAAAUUAAUUUAACUAUUACGAUUAUUUACUUUUUCAUUAUUAUUAUUAUCAUUAUUAUUCUUAUUAUUCUUAACGUGUAAUUGCCGAUUUGGCAACACUUUUUAUUUCGGCACUCGUGGUAAUAUAUCUUUUUCUCCUCAUUUUUUUGCUCUUUCAGCUCUUUAUUUUGAGCAAAAGCUCGCGAGACUAAAACUGAAUGGAAUAGUUUAGACCAUAAUUGACAGCAAGAGAGAAAGGAUUGGAUGAUGAAAAAAAAGAACCAACAAUAACAACGACCAUUAUUGAGUUUAACUAUUAAUAAUCUAAUUAAUCUUUAAAGAUGAACGGAAAUCAAAAAUUGUAUACGAUUUUUUAAUUACAUUUUAUUAUUAUUUAAUUA